AUGACCUUCGGAGACGGGCCCGCGAACUGGGGCGACCAGGUGUCGAUAACCUGCAACAUCGUCAAGGGUGAUUAUCCCAUCGAUAUCCAGUGGAGUCUGAACGGCGAGGAGAUCACCCCGGAGAGGCAUCCGGACAUCUCUGUGACGAAAAACAGCAAAAAGAUAUCCUUCCUCAGCAUCGACGCCGUGGCCGCGCGACACGCUGGGGUGUACACCUGCGUGGCGGGCAACCUGGCCAGGACCACGAGUCGCUCGGCGACCCUUUCCGUCAACGUCGCGCCGCAGAUCGCUCCCAUUUCCUUCGGGGACGAGCCCGUUAAUUGGGGCGAGCAGGCUUCCGCAAUGUGCAACCUCCUAAAGGGCGACUUCCCCAUCGAGAUCCAGUGGAGUCUGAACGGGGAGGAGAUCUCCUCGAGGACCCACCCCGACGUGGCAAUUACCAAAGCCGGCAGGAAGACCUCGGUCUUGACCAUUGACUCCGUGGCCGCGCGACAUGCUGGGGAAUACACCUGUGUCGCGAGCAACCUUGCCGGGACCACAAGUCGCUCGGCAAUCCUUUCCGUCAACGGUACCUUUGUUCUACUAAAAUCGUCCUGCGGCGAGGUCCUGUCCAUCCAUGUUCUCCAUUCCUUCGGUGGCUCUGGAAUUGACCUCGCGCCGCAGAUGGCGCCCCUGUCUUUCGGGGAUGAACCAGCGAGCUGGGGGGAACAGGUGUCCGCGACCUGCAGCAUCCUGAAGGGCGACUUCCCCGUGGAGAUCCAGUGGAGUCUGAACGGGGAGGAGAUUUCCUCGAGGACCCACUCCGACGUGGCGAUUACCAAAACCGGCAGCAAGACCUCGGUCUUGACCAUUGACUCCGUGGCCGCGCGACACGCUGGGGAGUACACUUGUGUCGCGAGCAACCUCGCUGGGACCACCAGUCGCUCGGCAAUCCUUUCCGUCAAUGUCGCGCCGCAGAUGGUGCCUCUAUCUUUUGGCGACGAGCCCGCGAACUGGGGGGAACAGGUGUCCGCGACGUGCAGCAUCCUGAAGGGCGACUUCCCCAUCGAGAUCCAGUGGAGUCUGAACGGGGAGGAGAUCUCCUCGAGGACCCACUCCGACGUGGUGAUUACCAAAGCCGGCAGCAAGACCUCGGUCCUGACCAUUGACUCCGUGGCCGCGCGACACGCUGGGGAGUACACUUGUGUCGCGAGCAACCUCGCUGGGACCACCAGUCGCUCGGCAAUCCUUUCCGUCAACGUCGCGCCGCAGAUGGCCCCUCUAUACUUCGGGGAUGAGCCCGCGAACUGGGGGGAACAGGUGUCCACGACGUGCAGCAUCCUAAAGGGCGACUCCCCGAUCGAGAUCCAGUGGAGUCUCAACGGGGAGGAGAUCUCGCCGAAGUCGCACCCGGACGUGACCGUAACCAGAACGGGGAAAAAAAGCUCCAUGCUGGGCAUUGACGCCGUGACGGCGCGACACGCGGGGGAGUACACCUGUGUCGCGAGCAACCUUGCCGGGACCACCAGUCGCUCGGCCAUCCUUGCGGUCAAUGGUACCGUUUCCCUUCUGACCGAACCCUGA